AUGUGGAAGAAGCGCUUUCACAACCGACGCCCAGCGGGAGCACUCAAACCGCCACAGACCCGACUGCAGCGAGCCAGCAUGUUGCAAGCAACAUUCCCAAGGCCUAGACAGGCCCUGGGAAAGCGUCUGACAGCAGCCGUCUCCGUCACAAACAACAGGAACAAGAAAGAAGCUGCGAAAGAAUUUCAACAAUGGCAAAAGGAUCUGCCAGAUACACAUCUAGUGGCCUUCUCGGACGGGUCUCAGGACGAAAAGGGAGCCGUCGGAUGGGGAUACGCAAUCUAUCGAGAUGGACACGAGGACAUUGAGGGCAAUGAGGAAGCAGAUCGCCUAGCAAAAGAAGGGACUAAGAUGCUGAUGGGCAACCCGAACAUAUCCGCAACCUAUGCCGCCGCAAAACGAAAGAUCAGAGAGACCAGAGACCGACACUUCCGCGACUGGUGGCAGGAAGCUCUCCCAAGACAUAGGAGCUAUCACGCCCUGGAUCUCAAGACAGCUACUCUGAAAUGUCACAGAGAGCUCAGUCUACCCCGAGGCACACUCCACCACCUUCUAGCCUGCAGAAAGGUUCGCAGUUUUCCUCGAGAUGACAAGAUUCUACGAAAAGAUAUGUCCAAACGCAAGGACAACCCAGACACAGUCAAGAACGAGCGAGUCCCGGCCAAGGACGAGCCAACCCAUGGAAACCCAGGAACAGGCUAG